CAAAAUCUGCGAUCUGAUACCGAAGACCAGAUUCCAAAUUUGAGGAGAAGAUGGUGCGCGGCGUCUUGCGGGUCGCGGAGAAGGUUGUAGCGCGCCGUGCAGGUCACACAGGCGUAUCGGUGGAGUCCCAAUCGCUCGUCAGUCGUGCAGUGUCUGCGGCUGAGCUGGAGCGACUCAAAACGCGGCCGAACAGACACCAAACGAUCUCAAAAUCGACACUCGGUAUGGCAGCUAUGGCGCUGGCAGUGGCGGUUGCUGCAGCCGAGAGAGAGAAUGAUACACACGCGGAAGCCAAACAACUGAUGGGAGGGGGAAUCGGAGCUGCAGUUAUUAGCGCAGAAGGAGAGGAGACGAGUCUGAAGCUCAGAGGGACCCGCCGUCUUCUCCUCAAGCAGCGAAGCAAGCAUGAGGCUAACAUGCAAGAGGUGGACCAGAUGAAGACCCACCUGGAUGAGUACAAACAGCGCCGAGAGGCAAUUGACUCACUGCGUACGCGGUUCGACAUGUACGCCAGCAAGAGCUUGGACGCAGGAGAUGGCCGACGCGUCAAGGUCAUGACUUUUACCGACUUCCUGCACUCUUUUGUGCUCCCUCAGUUCCAUCUCCAUUCACCUCGACCCGAUCUAACGUACUCAUGCGACUUUGUGGGGGAUACCAACGGCCUCAUUACAUACGAGGAGUGCUAUCUGCUCGUCCAUCUGCUACAGAUUCCGAAGGAGCAUUUCGACGUCGCUUUUUGCAUGUUCGAUCUGGAUGGCGACGGAUCAGUGGACAAAGCAGAGUUCUGUGCUGUGAUUGAAAAUCUUCUUCGACCUAUCAUCGCUCCGGAAGGUGGAGAGCAAGUGCCGAUUUCUGCUGAGGAUACUUUGCCACGCCUUACCAAUUUCCUGUUUGGACGCUUCGGAAAGACUAUCUCUGCCAAGGAUCUUGAAGCGGCAUUGGAUGGACUCCGCCAGCAAAUCUUGAGGGCCGAGUUUGACCUGUACGCCACGGUGAACCCGCUUACGAUGCAGCAAACCAUGUCUGUGCACGACUUCGCGCUCACGUUGAUUUCAUGCUUCGACCCGGAGAAGUUGCCGCCGUAUCUCGAUCGUGUUCAGGCGCUAAAUGCUAGUGAUGUACGUCAUCCAGAAUGGGUUGGGUGAUUCGACAUGGUCUAAUGCGGUCUUUGCUUCUUGAUGGUACCACUAGGGAGUGGUGACGUGGGAUGAGUUCUUCGAGUUCCACUUCAAUGUACAGAGCAACUUGCCCGAUAUCAAACUUGCGUUUGAACUCACAGGAGCCGAUGAGAUCACCGAAGCGGACUUUAUUCGGGCGGCACACGUGGUGAGCGGCGUGGAGCUGUCGUCCCCAGUCGUCCAGCUCGCCUUCCGCAUAUUCGAUGAAGACGGUAAGUUGUUCAAACCCUCUUAUAGUACAGAUAUUGACAACAAACAUUUCUACGUAGCCAACGGAACGCUGGACCAGUCAGAGCUUUUCAAAGUACUGGAAAUGCGAAACACAGUGCAGCUUAAGCAGGAGUCCAAUGCUGGAUCGCGGCUAGAAAAACUGUGGCACUGUGUCAAAGCGAGUGACAAGAACUAAUGAGUUCGGCAUGUUGAAAUGUUACACCUGUGGUGAGCGCGGGAAUUACUUCAUCGUCGGAACUACACCUAAAAUGAAGUGUCGGAUUGAAUGGACCGAGCUAACCAACAAAAAUAAAUAGGGAAAACUAGAAGUUGAGUUUCUACCAUCACAGAAAUUUGAUCCGUUGCUAGGUUACUUGACAUAAAGCAACAGUAUACAUGUACAUAAUUAUCUUGUGUA